GCAUCAAUUGGUUGUGCUUCAAAAGGCACAAUGAGACUUUAUUGUAGUAUACAACUAAUCUUAUGUCUCAACCUAACAAUUAUCAUAUUCACUGAGUCAGCUCAGCCACCAUUCGCCUGCGACUCAUCCAACCCGGCUACCAAAUCAUACCCAUUUUGCAACCUCACGCUACCUAUCUCCACACGCGUCAAUGACCUCGUCUCACGUCUCACACUUGACGAGAAGAUCCCACAGCUAGUCAAUGCCGCACCAGCAAUCCCACGACUUGGUAUCCCUGCCUAUGAGUGGUGGUCAGAGGCUUUACAUGGUGUUUCUAACUCGGGAUUUGGCAUUCUCCUCAAUGGUACCAUCAAGUCCACCACAAGUUUCCCACAAGUUAUCCUCACCGCAGCUUCUUUCGAUGCCAGGCUAUGGUACCGAAUUGGCCAGGCAAUUGGAUUGGAAGCAAGGGCAGUUUAUAAUCAAGGACAAGCCAAUGGAAUGACAUUUUGGGCCCCAAACAUCAAUGUGUUUAGGGACCCUAGAUGGGGUAGAGGUCAAGAGACACCUGGCGAAGACCCAUUGGUCGGUGGCAUAUAUGCAAUUUCUUAUGUUAGAGGGGUCCAAGGUGACACUUUUGAAGGUGGAGGGCUUAAAGAUGGACAUCUUCAAGCUUCUGCUUGUUGCAAACAUUUCACUGCUUAUGAUUUGGAUCACUGGAAUGGUGUUGGUAGAUUCAGUUUUGAUGCCAAGGUGACGAAGCAAGAUCUUGCCGACACGUAUCAACCGCCUUUCCAAAGUUGCAUACAAAAUGCCCAAGCUAGCGGAAUCAUGUGCGCUUACAACCGUGUCAAUGGAGUCCCAAACUGCGCCGACAAAAAUCUGUUAACCAACAUUGCUAGAAAGCAAUGGAGCUUUCAAGGGUACAUCGCUUCAGAUUGUGAUGCAGUAUCCAUCAUAUAUGAAGUUCAAAACUAUACAAAAACUCCAGAAGAUGCAGUUAGUGAAGUGCUCAAAGCAGGCAUGGAUCUCAACUGUGGGUCCUACUUGAAUAACCACACAAAAUCAGCAAUCCAAAAGAAGAAGCUUCUAGAAUCAGACAUAGACAGAGCCCUUAGCAACCUUUUCACCAUGAGAAUGAGACUUGGCUUGUUCAACGGUGACCCGAGUUCACUCCCAUACGGCUCCAUCGGUCCGAACCAGGUCUGCUCCAAAGCGCACCAGGACCUAGCCCUCGAGGCUGCAAAAACCGGCACUGUUCUUCUAAAAAACUCUGAUAAACUCCUACCGUUGAAACAAACCAUCUCAUCAUUGGCCGUUAUAGGUCCUAACGCCAACUCAUCACGCACCCUCAUCGGGAACUACGCGGGCCCACCUUGCAAAUCCAUUGAACCACUCAAAGCACUUGAAAACUAUGUGAACAACACACAGUAUCACAAAGGCUGUGACUCUGUUAACUGUACAACUGCUUCUGUUAGUGAGGCUGUUGAGGUUGCUAAAAAGGCGGAUUAUGUGGUUCUGUUUAUGGGGUUGGAUCAGACUGAGGAAAGGGAAGAUUUUGAUCGUGUGGAUUUGGCGCUGCCAGGUCAGCAACAGGAUUUGAUCACUGCAGUUGCUAAAGCUGCUAAGAAACCGGUGGUUUUGGUUAUGAUUUGUGGUGGUCCGGUGGAUAUUUCGUUCGCGAAAAGUGAUCCGAAGAUCGGUGCGAUCUUGUGGGGUGGUUAUCCUGGUGAAUCAGGUGGCAUUGCACUUGCAGAAGUCAUCUUUGGUGAUCAUAAUCCAGGUGGGAAGCUACCGAUGACAUGGUACCCAAAAGAAUUCAACAACACACCAAUGACAGACAUGCGAAUGAGACCAGAUCCAUCUUCAGGCUACCCGGGCCGUACAUAUAGAUUCUACACAGGCCCGACAGUUUUCCCAUUCGGGUACGGGCUCAGCUACUCGAAUUACACAUACCGAUUCAAAAAUGUCACACAAGACAAACUGUUUUUAAGCCAAAUCUCAAGCAAAGGCGCCACACUUAAAACCUCAGAUUCCGUUCAUUACACACCUGUUGACGACAUAGAAACAGAAGCUUGUAAAAACGCCAAGUUUUCUGCAACAUUGGAGGUCGAAAAUCACGGCGAAAUGGACGGUAAACAUGUGGUUUUGCUGUUCGUGAAGCGGAAUCAAAGUGGGGAUGGAAACGAUAAGCCGUUGACGCAACUGGCAGGCUUCGAGAGUGUGAAAACGAUCGCGGGAGAAAGGGUUGAAGUUGAUUUUGAUAUCAGCCCGUGUGAGCAUUUUAGAACAGCGAAUGAGGAUGGAUUGAUGGUGAUUGAAGAGGGGUCUUAUUAUAUUACUGUGGGUGAUCAGCAAUACCUGAUUUCGGUUUUUGAUAGGGAUGUUUCGAAUGUAACGUCUACAUCUUACGCAGAGUUCUCGUCUCACUAUACUUACUUCAACUAUUUAGCUAUUAUUGUAGUCUUUUUGGUUUCCUUUGAUCUCUUGAGUUACUUUUGAUGAUUAUACAUCGUAACAAGUUCCGAAUUUA